AUAAUCUGCUGGACUUUAUCCUGGAACUGAGUAACAACAGUCUUCUGUGUGAGAGUCCUCAGAGGAACGCGCUGCUGCUCAGAUGGAGGAGGACACUAAGAGUCAGCACAGUUUGGAAGAUGGACGAGGCCACCGCCAUGGCAACGCCAACUCCACUAAAAAACAGCCAACCAGAACAGACACAGCGGGGCUGGAUAUGAUUUACACCAUUGAAGAUGUCCCGCCAUGGUACCUGUGCAUCCUACUGGGACUACAGCAUUACCUGACAUGUUUCAGUGGCACUGUUGCAGUCCCAUUUCUUCUGGCUGAAGCCAUGUGUGUCGGACGAGACCAAAACACAGUGAGUCAACUGAUCGGAACCAUUUUCACCACUGUUGGAAUCACAACUCUGAUCCAGACCACUGUGGGUGUCAGGCUUCCUUUGUUUCAGGCAAGUGCUUUUGCCUUCCUGAUUCCUGCUCAGGCGAUCCUUAGCCUGGACCGGUGGAGGUGUCCCAGUGACGAAGUGAUUUAUGGCAACUGGAGUGUUCCCCUUAACACCUCCCAUAUCUGGCAGCCACGUAUCAGAGAGAUUCAGGGAGCUAUCAUCGUGUCCAGUCUGGUAGAGGUGGUGAUCGGGUUGUGUGGUUUACCUGGUCUGCUAUUGGAGUACAUUGGUCCACUCACCAUCACGCCCACGGUCUCCCUAAUCGGUCUCUCUGUGUUCACCACUGCUGGAGACAGAGCCGGAUCCCACUGGGGCCUGUCUGCCUUGUGCAUGUUGUUGAUUGUCCUCUUUGCUCAGUACCUGAGAACAACAUCCCUUCCAAUUCCUGUGUACAGCAGAAGAAAAGGACUGACAUCCACUCGUGUCCAGAUCUUCAAGAUGUUUCCUAUCAUUCUUGCCAUCAUGGUGGUUUGGCUCGUCUGUUACGUUAUGACUUUAACCAACCUGCUCCCUAUUGACCCGGACCGCUAUGGACACAAAGGACGUACCGAUGCUCGUGGAGAUAUCAUGACAACAGCCCCCUGGUUCAGGAUGCCUUACCCAUGUCAGUGGGGAUUACCGGUGGUAACGGUUGCUGGAGUUUUGGGGAUGCUGAGUGCAACCAUGGCCGGGAUUGUCGAGUCAAUUGGAGAUUAUUAUGCCUGCGCCCGUCUGUCUGGAGCCACGCAGCCUCCAAUUCAUGCUAUCAACAGGGGGAUCUUCACUGAAGGAGUCUGCUGCAUCAUUGCAGGCCUGUUAGGGACCGGAAAUGGAUCAACCUCCUCUAGUCCCAACAUAGGUGUUCUUGGAAUCACCAAGGUGGGCAGUAGACGUGUGGUCCAGUUUGGAGCUGGGAUCAUGUUCAUCCUGGGAUCAGUUGGGAAGUUCACUGCUCUAUUUGCCUCUCUGCCAGAUCCCAUUCUUGGAGGAAUGUUCUGCACAUUGUUUGGUAUGAUUACAGCUGUUGGUCUGUCCAACCUGCAGCUGGUUGAUCUAAACUCUUCCAGAAAUCUUUUUGUUCUCGGCUUUUCAAUGUUCUUUGGCCUGACUCUACCAACAUACCUGGACACACACCCCAAUGCCAUCAGUACAGGUGUUGCAGAACUGGACCAGAUUCUGACAGUUCUUCUCUCCACUGAGAUGUUCGUUGGCGGUUUUCUGGCUUUUUGUCUGGACAACACCAUACCAGGUACGAGGGAGGAACGAGGACUUGCCCAGUGGAGCUCCUCAGGCGACUCAACCUCCCCAGGUUCCUCCACUUACAAUUUUCCUGUAGGGAUGGGUUUGGUUAGACGAACUCGCUGGCUCCGCUGGUUUCCCAUCUGCCCAACUUUCAGGGGUUUCAGGGUGUCUGAUGAAGCUCUGCCUCCUGAAGAGGAGGAGGAAGGAGAAGUGGAGGAACUGGGUGACAUCCCACUGCCAAGCACAAAGGUGUGACAGUGAUGUCAUCGGGAUGAACCAAUCAGCGCAGCAGGAAGUGUCCAUCCGCUUUAAUGAGAUCAGAAUAACUUGUAAGGUUUGUUCCAGAUGACUGAUCAAUUAUCAGAAGGUUUUUAUCUAUGGAUAAAAGUACUAAUUAAAUGCAGCUGGACUGAUUUAUGAAAACUUAAAUGAUUAAUCCUCAUACCUAAGCAAUUCCUAUCUGAAGUGGCUACACCCUGUCUUCACCUUUAGUUUUAGAACGUGUUGUAAAGUGUUUAAGUUUU